AUGGACUACGUCGAGCAGCGCAUGGCUCAAGAGGCCCAGAGAGCCGCCGAAACCGCUCAAAACAAUGCCCUCCUCACGCCUCUAAACGUCCUCCUACUCCUCCUCCUCGGCUACACCUUGUACGCCACCCUGAGGCCCUCUCCGCCGCCGCUGCUCCCCAAGGAACCGCCCGCCACCGUCUUCCGCACCUUCAACCCACGCACCCUGCUCCCCUUUGAUGGCAAGGACGGCGGCCCCAUCUACUUCGCCGUGCGCGGCCGCGUCUUCGAUGUCUCGACCGGCCGCAACUUCUACGGCCCCGAUGGGCCUUACGAAAACUUUGCCGGUCGUGAUGCCUCACGCGGCCUGGCCUCCGGUUCCUUCGACGAGGACAUGUUAACCAAGGACCUCGACGGCCCGCUCGACUCCCUUGAGAAUCUAGGUCCUGAUGAGAUGCAGUCCUUGCGGGAAUGGGAGGAGAGCUUCCUGAGCAAGUAUCUAGUUGUCGGCAGGCUGGUCCCUGUUGGGCAGGAGGACAAGCAGUACGCCUAG